AUGGCCCCCGCUGUUGGUAUCGAUUUGGGAACCACCUACUCCUGUGUGGGUGUCUUCCGUGAUGACCGCAUUGAAAUCAUCGCCAACGACCAGGGUAACCGCACUACCCCCUCUUUCGUGGCUUUCACCGACACCGAGCGUCUCAUCGGUGAUGCCGCCAAGAACCAGGUCGCCAUGAACCCUCACAACACCGUCUUCGAUGCUAAGCGUCUGAUCGGUCGUCGUUUUGCCGACGCUGAGGUCCAGUCCGACAUGAAGCACUGGCCCUUCAAGGUUGUCGAGAAGGGUGGCAAGCCCAUCGUCGAGGUUGAGUUCAAGGGCGAGACCAAGCAGUUCACCCCCGAGGAGGUCUCCUCCAUGAUCCUCACCAAGAUGCGUGAGACCGCUGAGGCCUACCUCGGUGGCACCGUCAACAACGCUGUCAUCACUGUCCCCGCCUACUUCAACGACUCUCAGCGUCAGGCCACCAAGGAUGCUGGUCUCAUUGCCGGCCUGAACGUUCUCCGUAUCAUCAACGAGCCCACCGCUGCUGCCAUUGCCUACGGUCUGGACAAGAAGCCGAGGGUGAGCGCAACGUCCUCAUCUUCGAUCUUGGUGGUGGUACCUUCGAUGUCUCCCUCCUGACCAUCGAGGAAGGUAUCUUCGAGGUCAAGGCCACCGCUGUGACACUCACUUGGGUGGUGAGGACUUCGACAACCGCCUCGUCAACCACUUCGUCAACGAGUUCAAGCGCAAGCACAAGAAGGACCUCACCUCCAACGCUCGUGCUCUCCGUCGUCUCCGCACCGCUUGCGAGCGUGCCAAGCGUACCCUCUCUUCCGCUGCCCAGACCUCCAUUGAGAUCGACUCUCUCUUCGAGGGUAUCGACUUCUACACCUCCAUCACCCGUGCUCGUUUCGAGGAGCUCUGCCAGGACCUCUUCCGUUCCACCAUGGAGCCCGUCGAGCGUGUCCUCCGUGACGCCAAGAUCGACAAGUCCUCCGUCCACGAGAUCGUCCUGGUCGGUGGUUCCACCCGUAUCCCCAAGAUCCAGCGUCUCGUCAGUGACUUCUUCAACAAGGACGCCAACAAGUCCAUCAACCCCGAUGAGGCCGUUGCCUACGGUGCUGCCGUCCAGGCUGCUAUCCUGUCUGGUGACACUUCCUCCAAGUCCACCAACGAGAUCCUCCUGCUCGACGUUGCCCCUCUCUCCCUCGGUAUCGAGACCGCUGGUGGUGUCAUGACUGCUCUCAUCAAGCGCAACACCACCAUCCCCACCAAGAAGUCCGAGACCUUCUCCACCUACUCCGACAACCAGCCCGGUGUCUUGAUCCAGGUCUACGAGGGUGAGCGUGCCCGUACCAAGGACAACAACCUGCUCGGCAAGUUCGAGCUCACUGGCAUCCCCCCCGCCCCCCGUGGUGUUCCCCAGAUUGAGGUCACCUUCGACCUUGAUGCCAACGGAAUCAUGAACGUCUCUGCCAUCGAGAAGGGUACCGGCAAGACCAACAAGAUCACCAUCACCAACGACAAGGGCCGUCUCUCCAAGGAGGAGAUCGAGCGCAUGCUUGCUGAGGCCGAAAAGUUCAAGGCUGAGGACGAGGCUGAGGCUUCCCGUAUCCAGGCCAAGAACGGUCUCGAGUCCUACGCUUACUCCCUCAAGAACACCAUCAACGAGGGCAAGCUCACCAUCAGCGAUGAGGACAAGCAGAAGGUCACCGCCAAGGUUGACGAGGUCAUCAGCUGGCUCGACAGCAACCAGACCGCCGAGAAGGACGAGUACGAGGCUCAGCAGAAGGAGCUUGAGGGUGUUGCCAACCCCAUCAUCUCCGCUGCCUACGGUGGUGCCGCUGGUGCCGCCCCCGGCGGUGCUGCCCCCGGUGCUACCCGCACUGCUGACGAGGUCGAGGAGCGCCCUGAGGAGCUCGACUAA